AUGUUUUGCCGGUCCGGCUUUUAUUUCACCAGGAACAUGAGUGUUCUUAAAAUUAUGACAAAGGCUUCAGGCUCACGGCUCAAUAUUGUCAGAGAGAAAACAACACCCUUGACGAGAAUAGUCCUGAGUCUCCGCGUCUCUAGGCCCUACUCUUCUUACUUGCAUACCAACCCUAUCUCCACGAAAAUUGGUGUCAAGGAGUCCGCGAGCAAGCUAGUAAAAAAUGGAUACCCUGUGAUCUCUAGCAAAGCUGCUGGCUACUGGUUAGUGUGUACCUCUGGAUUGAUAUUUGGUAUUGUCGUUGUUGGUGGGUUGACUAGAUUGACUGAGUCGGGCCUAUCCAUAACCGAAUGGAAGCCUGUAACAGGUACAAUCCCCCCACUCAACGAAGUUGAAUGGCAAGAAGAAUUUCAAAAAUACCAGGAAUCCCCCGAGUUUAAGCAACUCAACUCUCACAUUACUUUGGAUGAGUUUAAGUUCAUUUUCAGCAUGGAGUGGGGCCAUAGAUUCUUAGGAAGGUGCAUAGGUAUGUUUUUUAUCGUGCCCGCAGUAUACUUUUGGAAAACUGGUAGGUUUAGUGCCCUCGUGUCAAAGAGGGUAGUGGGGUUGACCGGGUUGUUAGGAUUGCAAGGUGCCAUUGGUUGGUGGAUGGUGAAGUCAGGUUUGGACGAGGAACAGCUCAGCGAAAGAAAAUCCAAGCCAACUGUCUCGCAGUACAGACUUACAACCCACUUAGGUGCUGCUUUCCUUAUGUACUUGGGUGUGUUGUGGACUGCCUUUGAGAUUCUCAAUGAAAACCGCUGGGUGAAGGGCAUGAAAGCCGACCCUAAAAAAGUUACCGAUGCACUUGCAAUGUUGAACAGUAAUGCUCUUAAUAAAACAAGAAGUAUGGGCUUGGGUCUUAUUGUUUUGACUUACUUAACAGCUAUGAGCGGUGGAAUGGUCGCAGGCCUUGACGCAGGUUUGAUUUACAACACCUUCCCCCACAUGGGAGAUGAAUGGCUUCCAUCUCAUGGAGAACUUAUGUCUCCCGUGUUUUCCAGAAACGAUGAUCACUCAGAUUUGUGGUGGAGAAAUCUUUUCGAAAACCCAACUACCGUGCAAUUGGUUCACAGGAUUCUCGCCACCUCCACAUUUUUCGCCAUUUUUGCCGGUCACAUGUACGUGAACAAGAAUAAGGCUGUUAUACCGGCCCGUGCCAAACGUACAUUCCAUGCCGUAAUGGGUUUAGUAACGCUUCAGGUCACAUUAGGAAUAUCCACAUUGAUCUAUUUGGUUCCGAUUCCCCUUGCCGCUGCACAUCAGGCUGGGGCUUUAGCUCUCCUCACGGGUUGUUUGGCCUUUGCAGCAAAUGUCAAGAGACCAAGACCGCAGACGGUGAAUUACAUCAGCUCGAUUAUGAAGCAGAAGCUACUCAAGAACCACUAA